CAAUUUGCAGGUACCAAGAUGGUUGAUUCCGAUGAUCCGAAGCAGCUUCUCAUUGAAGCUGAGAGCAUGAAGAAGCUUGCCUUCUGUGGUGUUGCUGUUUCCACCGUAGCAACUUUGGUAGCAAUCAUUUGUGUGCCAAUGCUUUGCACUUACAUGCAAAAUGUGCAGUCUAACCUUCAAGAUGAAAUUAGCUUUUGCAGGACACGGGCUGUCGGAUUACGGGGAGAAUUCACUAAACUCGAAUCAUCGCGUUCAGCACUGAAAAAAGAAAGGCAAAAGAGGCAGCCAGUGUUCCAAUGCUGCAGUUGUGGUAUUGGGCCUGUUGGGCCACCAGGUCCACCUGGACAGGACGGUGAUGAUGGUCGGGAUGGCCCACCUGGUAAGCCCGGUAUGCCAGGUCAAGAUGCUCAAGAAACCCAGCUACCAACUGAAAAAGAUUGGUGUUUCCACUGUCCCCCAGCACCGCCAGGUCCACGAGGCAAAACAGGACCGAAAGGACAGAGAGGAUUGCCAGGAGACAAAGGUUCAAGCGGACAGCCCGGUGAACCAGGUCCUAUGGGACCACAAGGACCAAGAGGACCGGGUGGACCACGAGGAAAUCCAGGUCCAGCUGGCGAACCAGGAAAACCAGGUGUACAGAUUGAGGUACCCGGACCACCAGGGCCACCAGGACCACCAGGCCCACAGGGACCACCGGGUGAACAAGGUCCAGCAGGUCGAGAUGGCAAUCCUGGGCGACAGGGACCACGUGGCCCACCAGGUCAAAACGGCAAGGAUGGUCCCCCGGGACAAGAUGGUGCAAAUGGCGAUCAAGGAGAAGCAGGUCCUGAUGGACCAAAAGGUAGCUGUGACCACUGUCCACCUCCCAGAACUGCUCCAGGCUAUUAAGCAACUUCAG